AUGCUAGCUCUGGACGUCACUAAGAUCAAAAUACAGACCGCUAAGAUGCACCAGCAGUUCUUAAGUCCGAAGCGUGCCCCCACGCGCGUCGCCUUUGUGGGCGUCUCGUCGCUCGUAUUGAUAUUACUUUUAUGUGGUUCGUAUUUGCAGCCGCAAUCGCAAGACUGUUUUUGUCCUAAUCUAGCGAAUCCCGAGCUGUCUACCGCCGCCGCCGCCGCCGCUUCCACCGCAUCUCUUGCCGCAAGACGCGAUUUAGAAUCCCGUGAAGUUUCCGCCAACUCCGCCUUCGUUCCCGCUGCGGGAGACUCGCAACCUUCCCCUGCAGCGACGAUCGGAUCCGUCGCCGCGUUUUCCGGCGCGGCGUUUUCCGGCGCGAACGACGGCGGUGAGGGGACCAGUCAAGGCACAGCGGACGACGAUAGCAACCAACAGUUUAUUUACGUGUACGACACGCAACGGGCGUGGACGGAGAAAAUGAAGGGGCGCGCCAAGGAGUGGUAUUCGGACCAGUAUGACGUGGAAUCAGUGGUGACGGAGUUAAUUAUGCGCAGUAACGCGAUACGCACGACGGAUCCGGAAAAGGCGACGCUGUUUUACGUGCCGUACUACUCGUCGAACCACAUCGCGCACGUUAACAAGCUUAUGAAGAACAUGAUGCAUAAGUCGGUCGGAGAGGUUUCUAAGGCGUGGCACGACAUUCUCACCAUGAUUCGCCGCGAUUUCCCCUACUUCAACCGCACCAACGGCCGAGAUCACUUCAGCACGAGCACGUUCGAUCACGGCCGUUGCCACGCGCUGACGUGGGUCAGCCCGGAUUUGUACGGCGAGAUGUUUUUUAUCAUGCUUAACGGGGACCGCCUCGCGCGCACCAUGCACGCUUCUGAGGAGCGCAAUUUGCAGAUCAUAGGGUACAACUACGACUCGCCAGUGCAGCCGCAGUUUCCCGACAUCCCAUGCUACAUGCCCGACCGUGACAUUGUCGUGCCGGCCUUUAUUGGUGACCAGAUACCCAUGGUGUCGCCCUUCACUGGCGAUCGCCCCAUGCGCGCCAUCUUUCGCUUCUCAGCCCAGCAGGGCCAUAGGGCACCCCUCAUGCACCACGGCCACGACCUGCGCCCAGAGCUGCUCAGUAUGUACCAGCGGCAGCGCAUCAAGGGGUGGAGCUUCGCAGCCAAAGCGGAGAACGCGACCAACAAGGAGUGGCAAAGAGCAGUCUUCUGCAUCUGCCCGCCCGGCCACUCCCAGUGGACCAGUCGCCCCUUCAAGGCGCUCAUCUCUGGGUGCAUCCCAGUGACGUUUUUUCGCGACCAUGACAAUCCCUGGGGCGACGAGGUGGACUACUCUGCCUUCUCCAUCAACAUCGACCCGGAUGACAUUGCUUCGCUGCGCUACCGCCUCGAGACAGCUCCGGUGGAGCAGCUGCAGCGAGGAGUGGAGAAGAUGCAGGUGGGUCCAGUGCGGUGGAGUGUGGUGCAAUGCAGUGUGGCUCAUCCCAGUUUUGCCCCCGUGGAGCAGCUGUAG